GCUAGGUCUCUCCAGAUUCUCUCCGCAAUUCUGCGAGUGACACUAGCCAUGUACUCGUGUUAUUCGAUGCCGCUGCGGUGGGACAUAUAAGACGAUCGUCUUCCCGUUUCGAAACUAGACACAAGCGACAGUCUACAGUCUUUGCAUCAAAAACCUCGAUCCUAAUGAUGGAGGAUACCAAGGAUACCAAGGAGGGCGUUGAGGUGACGCACCGAGAAGAUAUCCUCACACAGCUUCCACAUGGCGAAGACAAGAGGCCAUGGUACAGACAGCCAGAGCUGCGAAAGCUGUAUAUGCUCAUGCCAUUUCUGUUUCUCGGCUCUACCACGCUCGGAUACGAUGGCAGUCUUCUGAACGGACUUCAGACAAUGCCUGCGUGGCAGUCCUCAUUCCCGGGGUUCGGAGGUUUCGCGGUUCUUCUUUUCACUCCGUACGUCGCUGAUUACUGCGGCCGUCGUCUAGGGACUGCCAUUGGCUGCUGUCUCGUUAUUCUUGGAGCAGCAAUCCAGGCAUGCCCCCAACCAAGCAAUCCUGAUGCCAUGUUUCUUGCCGGUCGAUUCAUAAUGGGAAUGGGCAGCAACAUCAGCAAUGCAACAUGCCCCCUCCUCAUCACCGAAGUGUCGCAUCCCAGACAUCGCGGCCGCGUUACAACAAUCUAUAACACGGUCUGGUAUCUUGGUGCCAUUAUAGCUGCUUGGACAACUUUCGGCACCCUCAACCACAUCGUGGGAGACCUUUCAUGGCGUCUACCGGUCGGCUUUCAGUGCGCAAUGCCGGGCAUCCAGCUUCUCACACUGUGGAUGCUACCUGAGAGUCCUCGAUGGUUGAUCGCGAAGGGAAAAUACGCUCAGGCGAAAACGAUCCUCACCAAGUAUCACGGCAAUGGUACUGAAACCGAUUUCGUCAACUGGGAGUUUAGCGAGAUCAGCCAGACCAUUGAGCUGGAGGAAGCUGCAUCAGCCAACAGUGGCUGGUACGAGCUGGUCCGCACGCCUGGAAACAGGAAGCGAUGUCUUCUUAUCAUCUUGACCGCCAUCUUCAGUCAAUGUAGUGGUAACGGUCUCGUUUCCUAUUAUCUGUCGUCCGUCUUGAACACAAUCGCCAUCAAUGGUGGCCUUACCAUCUGGUGCUGGCUUGUAUCUUUGGGCUGCGCGUUCCUUGUGGAUCGUGUCGGUCGCCGAGUGCUUUUCCUUACUGCUGGCGUCGGCAUGUUGAUAGCCUUCUCCAUUUGGACAGCUUGCAGCGCCGUAUACGCUAAGACUGGGGACUCGGGAGCCGGCUCAGCUGUUCUUGCGAUGAUCUUCUUAUUCUAUGGUGCUGCUGGAUUCGCUUGGCCUGGAUUGACCGUCUCUUACACCGUCGAAAUUCUCCCAUUCAAGAUCCGCGCAAAGGGAUUGACACUGUGCUUCAUCGGCACCAGUCUCGCGGGUAUCUUCAACCAAUACGUCAACCCUAUCGGGCUAGACGCACUGGGCUGGAAAUUCUACAUCGUCUACAUUGUGGUCUUGGUGCUGGAGUGCUUGGCUAUAUACUUCCUCUAUGUCGAGACACGAGGGCCUACCCUGGAAGAAAUUGCUGUACUAUUCGACGGCCCAGACGCGAAUGUUGCGGGUACCACCGUACCCAUGGACCGAAAGCGAUCGGUCGAGGCAUCCGCUGAUAAAGCAUAGACUCAAGGGGCGUGAUGGAAGAAGGCAGCUGUUCCUAGAUACAUGAGAUACGGUCCAUAUGUGCUUGGAUACUAUUGCUAUUUGAAAGCCACUCUUCCAGAUAUUUGCUAUUGUUCAGG